AUGGAGUUAGAUAGCUUCGAGUUGCUUGCCUUCUUUCUGUGCACGAGUAUGUUUGGCCUUCUCUUUUCGGUUUGGUCCGAGACCGAGCUCAUCGCCGACCGCGAGAUUACUCUCUUGAUCGCAGUCUUCAUCACAGUCGUGAUCGCGCUUCUCGCGCGUCUAUCCACCAAUAGAGCGCUCACAAACUUCCUUACGGAUAACGUAGGUGGGGUUCAUGAGAAGCAGCUUCGAGAUCUUACCGAAGCCCAUCGUCGCCAUAUUGCGAGCCUAAAGCACGAGAGCAAUCGCGAGCAUCUUCGCCUUCGAAGCGAUGUCAACAUUGCCGCGCUCAAAUUUGACCGCCUGUACAACGAGCAUGACUACAUCUCUAGCAUGUACCAAGAGCAGAUGCAACAUAGCCAAGAGCAGGAGGAUCGCAUCCAAUACCUCGAGAAAAAGCUCCAGGAGUUCGGUCAGUCUACGCCCGCCACUCGCGCUCCUUUCUCGGCGCCACCUUCGCAGAUCAGAUUUUCCGAUCCACCACGUCGCCAGCGUCCUAACGAUGAUUUUCGUUUUACUACUUCGGCGGCUCCACUAACUCAGGUCGUUGAGACUGAGGACGAGUAA